UUGCCCAUUCAUAUAUGAAAAAUAAACCGCUAAAGUGUUUUUAAUCUAAUGCCCUCUUGAAGUGUGCUUAUGAAUGCCAAGUUCACAAUUAAAACCCUGACACAUACUAUUCACAGAAGAUAGAAAAAGUCGUAAAAGAGUUCACUAAACUGUAUCUUUCAUUUCGGUUGACUCAAUCUAUUACUAAGUGCAAAUGCUGUUCGUUGUGACAACAAUAGCACAUCUCGUGCGGCAUCACCACCACUGCCGCAACAAAAUGUGUUUGAAAACAUGUCAUUUGGAAAAUCCCGAAAUUAAAUACCGCGCAGAUCUCACCACAUCAUCAGUGUCAAUUUCUUGGUUCACGGAAGCACAGAAGGUCAAAUAAAAUGUAAUUCGUGCGUAUAAGCAUGGUGUGCUUCAUAUCAGCAACCUCUCAAAGAGUAAUUUUGAGAAGGGGAGUAAGCGAGGGAGAGAGAAACAAUAUCGGAAGAAGAAUAAUUUAGAUGCAAAAAGAUGACAAGUAACAACAGAUAAAUUAGAAAUAAGAUGAAAAAAAUGAACACACACAAAUUGUAUAGAAUAGAAAAAUUUAUGAGUGAUCACUGAUCAUUGCUGAACGAUUUAUUUUUAUAGUAAUUGUUUACAUUGUUUUCGCUUCGUAAUUGUUGUGCGCGCAUGACGAACAGACAACAAUAGCUAUGGUGAACAUUUUCCAAAGUAAUGGAGCAUCAAAUCAGCGGUUUUUUUUUCUCUGUAUGUGCGCGAGCGCUUGCGUUUAUCAUUACUUCGCUCAUUUGCUCGUCACUGGGCGAUUUUCGGUAACAGUGUGAAUUACUAAAAUUGAUUAAUCAUAGCAACGCAACUAAAUUGUUGCAAGCAAAUUCAACACCGUACACCUUUUGAGUUCUCUCGCCAAUUUUUAUUGAAAUAUCAGACACAAUUUGUGUGUACCAAAAAUGAUGCGCAAGUCAACAAUUAAUUGCUGAAAAAUCAGAAACGUAAAGGGUUUUACGCGGCACGCGUGUAUUGUUGUUGUUGCUGGGUUUUUUUUUUCUCUCCAGCGUACUUGAAACGAUAGAACAUGGCAAAGAAAAUAAUAGCGCAAAAGUAGAGGGGACAACGAUACGCGCCGCGUUUUGGCUCUACAGCAAAAAUCACUUCGCAUAGACACGUUAUAUUUUGGCUUUCAUUCUGGCCUCUUAUUCAUAUAUUCUAUGAAAAUGAUUUAUUUUUUGGGCUGGGCUGUGAUUUUUAUUUGCUAUAUAAGUUCGUAGCGAAGAUCACAUCAGUCACACUUGCUAAAAGUUAUUCGUUGAGAUCACAUCAAACAGUAUUGUUUUCGUCUAUCGGAAAAUUUCAUCACAUUCAUCAAAAUGAAUCAGAAAAUUUGCAUCGCUGUUGUGUUUGUUGCCUUGUGUUUGUGCUUGACCAGUGCAGUACCGACAUACGGUGGACUGUCACUAGGUUUGGGUCAACAGUACUCAAGAGGCUACGGUGGCUUCGGCAUUAACCCAUAUGCCGGUGCUAUCGGUGGCAUUGGAUCGACUGAUCCCGUUUACACGAAUGGAUUUGGUUCCGAAUACGGUUCCAGAUAUGGUUCGUACAAUGGAGCAUAUUCAACACCAUACUACAACCGUUACGGUGGUUUUGGAGGAGGCAUUGGCAAUGGCUAUGGAGGUGGCUAUGGUGGAUACGGCGGAGUCGGCGGAGUCGGAGGAGGUGGUUUUCAAUAUUAAACCCGGACCGAUCGCCAAUACAAUAAGAAAUAAUCAUCAUUAAUGAAAUUCAAUUUAUUAAAAUCAUCAAAGUGUUCAUUUCCAAAUGAUAUGCAUACCUUUCCAUCGUAUUUAAUUUAAUAAAGUGAUCUUUUUCUUCUAAAUUCAA